AAAAAUGACCCCAAACACAGUGCAGUAGCAUGACAAUAAAUCUUUUUAUGAAGGAGCAGUUUAUUCGGCACUUUUGUCACUAUCAGUGCUUAGAAACUGACUCUUGUCUGACCACUCAGACCCUCAUGACCCACUUUGCUAUCUGCCACAACACUGUCUAUUUUUGGGAGAGUAGCUAAGAGGGUCACAGCAGUGGAGGGGGUACAUAGCUUUGUCUCUAACAUUUGCUCAGACACUCUAUGAUCCCCAAACUGACACAUACGACAACAUCAACAACACAUGCAACCUGAUGAAAACAGGAAUAUUUACUGGUCUUUUUAGACCAAAAAUACCAGCGGGAUUCACUAAAAGGAGCUAAGGAGAUUGAAAGGGGCUUCUCUUUACUUGUUUACAGCACACGAAACUGUGGUUUUUAUUAUUCUAAGUAAAAAUUGGUGUGAAAAUGGAUCUCACAGUCAAACAUGGACUGACGUUGCUUGACCAGCUGAAGAAGAUGAGGGAGACUGAGCAUCUGACAGAUGUGGUGCUGGUUGCUGAAGGCAUCAGCUUUCCCUGUCACAGGGUUAUACUCUCUGCCUUCAGCCCAUACUUCCGAGUCAUGUUCACAUGUGGCCUACGGGAGUGCAACAACAGAGAAAUAUUCCUGCGUGACACUCCUGCAGACAGCUUGGCUCUUCUCUUGAACUACAUGUACUGCUCAGAGCUUCCUCUCACUAAUGCCAAUGUACAAGGCAUUUCUAUUGCAGCUUUCCUUCUGCAGAUGGAUGAUGUCUUUACUCGCUGCCAGCAGCACAUGAUGGAGAACAUGGAUGCCUCCAACUGCCUUGGUGUGUAUUACUUUGCUCGCGACCUUGGUGUAGAGGAACUGGCUGACUGUGCUCAGCGCUUUCUGAGGCAGCACUUUGUUCAAGUGUGUCAUAAUGAGGAGGUGUUGGAAUUGGAAGCUCAUCAGCUUGGAAAACUCCUAAGUUCUGAUGACCUUAAUGUCUCCCGAGAGGAGACCAUUUUGGAUGUGGUCCUUCGCUGGGUCAAACAUGGCACUCUGUUGGGUGAAGAGAUGCGUUCACGGCACCUCCCAGAGCUCCUGAGGAAGGUCCGUCUGCCGCUGAUAAACCCCGACUAUUUAAGAGAGACCAUGAAGAGGAAUACAGCCUUGUUGGCUGAUGCUGAAUGUCAAGAGAUGCUCACUAUGGCUAUGGAGGUCACAUCAAUGCAUCCGGCAGCUGCACCUCGGAAACUGAAGCUGCGGUAUGGCAUGGAGACCACAGAUCUUCUGCUCUGUGUUGGAAACGAUGGUGAUGGCAUUAGAUCAAGAUAUGGCAACUUUUCUGAGCGGAGCUUUUGCUAUGCCCCCUCCACAGGCCGAAUCUACUACAUCAGCUCACCUCGGUAUGGAGAGGCUCUGGGGCAUGUGGGUGCAGGGGUUGUUACAGAGGGAAAUGAUAUUAUAGUGGCAGGAGAAGCCAGUGCACGCAGAAUGGCCCGCCAAAAAGACCUAAAUGUAGAGAUUUACAGGUACAAAGUAGAGGCUCAAGGUAGUUGGGAGCACCUGACAUCGGCAGAGUACCGUGAUUCAUACAGUCUAGGAUCACUGGGUGACACUCUGUACCUGAUAGGCGGGUUGAUGAAGCUGAAGAACCAGUAUCUCAUUACUAACUGUGUGGAGCGAUGGUCUCUGCAGGGCGGACCCUGGCGGAGUGCAGCACCCCUGCCUAUGCCCUUGGCCUAUCACAGCGUGGUCCGGAUAAAAGAGCGUCUCUAUGUCAUAGGUGGUCGAACCCCCCAGUCCUACCGGAUGGAUGACGAACCUGAUCGCCUCAGUAACCGCCUCCUGGAGUAUAACCCCAGCACAAAUAAGUGGACAGAACUAUGUCCUAUGAAGUACUCAAAGUACCGCUGUAGUGUUGUGGUGCUCAAUGGGGAAAUAUACGUGAUGGGAGGCAUUGGCUGUGAGGGUGUGGACCGUGGACAAUCACGCCACUGUCUUGAUGCUGUGGAGAUCUAUAACCCAGAUGGGGAUUACUGGAGGGAUGGGCUUCGUCUCCCUUGUGCCCAACUCUCACUGCGCACUAAUGCUUCAAAUGCAGGUGUGGUGGGAGGCAAGAUUUAUGUGUGUGGAUACUACAAAGGAGCAGAUCGACAUGAUGCUAUAACAAAGGACAUUUUGGAGCUGGACCCAUGGGAGAACCGGUGGACAGUGGUGACUCGACGCACUCUGAUGCAUGACAACUAUGACGUGUGCUUAGUGGCAAAUCUCAACCCGAGGGGACUCAUGUCUCCACCUGCAGACUUAGUUCAAAUGUGACACCUACGUCAUAUCAGAUUAUUUGUGGAGAAAAAAAAUUAAUCAUUGAUUAUUAAUGCACUUACUGCUGAGCCAAAAGCACUUAUUUUAUUCCAUGCAGAAAAAAGUCUUAGCGCUGUGCAUUAAAAAAGGGUCUGAGGGUUGGUACUGCAGGUUAUUAGACAGACACAUUUGUAAAUAGUUUUUUCUUGCUGCGUUUUCUGUCUUCUUGUGUAAUAUCAACUGAAAAGAUCAGUCACUUAAACCUGUUAUUACGGUACAUUUGGUGAAAACAGAUAAUGUAAUCAUGACAGUAUUACAAACUAAGCCAUGAUUGAAAUGCUUUCAUGAAAAUGUUGUUUUUAUGUAACAUUAGAAAAGUAUUAUUAUUUUUGUUUGAUGCUUGUUGCAGAACAAAAUUGUUCUUUGCUAAUAAACAUGCACCUUAUCCCUAUCCAUUGAGUAUGGUUGGUUUACUUGGAGCAU